AUGGCCCACCCCUGGCCUUGUGCGGAGAACGCCACUUUCCCGCGCAGCAGCGUAUUGCGGGCUGUUGGGGUCUGGAAAGCUGGCCUGGGCAGCGCAGCGGAGCGGCGGGGAGGGAACCACGUCGUACCGGUGCAUAGUGUAUCUGGUCUCGCUACACUCGGCCAGAAGAGCUCCGCGUACAUGAUGCGUGAGAUGCUACCACGGUUGAGCUUAAGGCGAGAUCAAACUAGCGCCACUACAAUGACAGAGCCACGUUUGCCACUGCCUAAAGCACACACGCAGCAAUCUACCGGAGGCGAGUGUAAUAGUUCCAUGGAUCCCGUGCAGCUCAUGAUUGUUCAAAUCGGAGCGCAAGCGCAGAAGCGCUCGAACGGUCGGCCGUCCGUCGCCCGCGCAGCGGAGCCCGGAGGAGAUUUUUCUUCUUUCUUCUCUACUUCCGCCCCCGCGAGGGCGGCUGACCGAGGCGCUGCAGAAGGGCUCGGCGGCGACGCGCAGAACGUGGCCGCGGCGAGGGCGGCGAAGGGCGACGGCGCGGCGCGGCGCAGUGGCACAAUGAGCGCCUUGGCGUGCGGCGAGCGGAGCAGCUCGGGCCAGCAGCGCGUGCACCAGCAGCGGUCGCCACCAGGAAGAGCGCGCGCUCGCGACAGCGCGCUGUACGCAAAGAAAGCACUCGAUUCGCGAACGCCCCUGCGCCGCCUGGCAGAAGAAGAGGUCGCGCCUGGGCGGGCGGCCGCCGCCCUGCGCCACCUCCGCCAGGCAGAAGUGGUGCCGCGGCGAAGGGCGCGGGCCGUGGCCGUCGCCCUCGACCGAAGCGCGGACCCCGUUGCGCUGCAGCCACCAGCGCUGCGAGGCCCCGCGUCCGACCGCAGCAAGCUUGCCUUCGCUAACAAUAAGGGCCAAGGCGCUUGCCUUCACCUUGGCUGUAGAGCGCCGCGCGCAGUUCGGGGUGGGUGGCGAGAGAGGUCGGUGUAUGGGGUGACGGGCGCGGGGUCGGGCGCGCGGCCGCGGAAGAAGACGGGCCGGCGGCGGGCGGGCGGGGCGCCGGCGCGAGGCCAACGCACUUCGCCUUGGAUCUUGGUGGGCCCAUCUCGGCGUGGAACGAGAGUGCUGGCGCCGCAGCAGCGGCGCACGCAAGGCGACGCGGCGCGCACGGGGCACGCCCUGCGGCAACGCCGUGUUGGCCGCGAGCCGCCGGUCGGCGCACCACUUCGCCACGGCGCCAGCGCACCUCACACGCAUUCAUUCUGCGUGAUGGCAAAAGGUCCAAGUAUCAUUGCAUACCAAGAUGCUGGAGGCUUCCCGUGGUGGAUGGACCCGAACACGACGGUGUACGACCCGGUGACGCUGGAGGCGGCGCGCCCGGCCGCGGGGGCGAGGCGGUGGGCGUGGGCGGAGGCGGGGCGGCGGCCGUGCGAGUUCGCCCGGGCGCAGGUGGCGCUGGCGCCGGGCGAGUGGUGCGCCGACCGGGCGGGCUCGCGCAACACGGCCGUGCUGCAGGCGUGCCCGUGCGCGCGCGUCGCCUGCGUGCGCCGCUGCUGCGGCGCCAGCACGCUCUUCCACGCCGAGAUGGGCGCCACCAAGAUCCAGGCGAAGUGCGUGCCUCGCGCCGGCGCCCCGCCCGCCCGCGCCGCGCCCGUCUUCUUCCGCGGCCGCGCGCCCGACCCCGCGCCCGUCACCUACACCGACCUCUCCUCGCACCACCCCGACUGCGACGCGGCGCUCUACGCCAAACAGCUGCUGCGGUCGGACGGCGGGGCCUCGCAGCGCUGGUGGCUGCAGCGCAACGGGUCCGCGCUCGUCGAGGGCUACGGCCACGGCCGCGCCUUCGCCGCGCACCACUUCUGCCUGGCGGAGGUGGCGCAGGGCGGCGGCCGCCCGCCCAGGCGCGACCUCUUCUUCUGCCAGGCGCGCAGGUGCGUUCGAAUCGAGUGCUUUCUGCGCUGGCCACUGGCAGGCGCUCAUCUCCAGUGCCCUUGCCUUACACAUGUCGGGAGGAGGGUAGACCUUGUUCCGUGCAGCUGGAGGCGAUACAUGGAGCAUGUGCACGCUUGUUAA